AUGACUUGGUCUGACUCAACAUUCGGACCAGAUGGCCCUUGGCAUGCUGUUAAUAUUUACAUGGGUGCAAAUGACACGGAGAUAGCCAUGUUUCCGGGAGGAUCAUGGACAAGUUAUGUUCUUCUGAACACGCUUUGUGACAACACGACAAAAAUAUCAUCGUACUGCUAUGGAGAUCGCGCCGGUCUUUACAACCCAGACACCUCGAAGACCUGGGAUGGCGAUUCUGUUCGCCUGUCACCUGUUAAUACAUGGACGGGCAUACAAUGGGGUUACACAGAUGCCGUAUCUCUUGACGCCUACAUCUAUCGGGCACUCGAAUCCAUAGAUGUUGGCGGUACAGGCACAUCGGACUCAAACUUGAUUGCCAUUAAGCAAGGGUACCAGACCUAUCCUGGUGGAAACAUCUUCCCCCUGGAAGUGGGUAUUCUUGCGCUGGGGUCUCCAGAUAUCAACCAGACAUUCGCUGAGCCCAGUGGACCGCCCACGAAUGGUACAUUUGUCACCAGCUGGCUGUAUGAACACGGUGUCACUCCAUCCUAUUCAUAUGGAAUGCAUAUCGGCUCUCCGAAGUUUGAUAUUCCUGGGUCCCUGUAUCUAGGUGGCUACGAUAAGAACCGACUGCUCGGGGAUAUAUCUACACAGCCAAUCAACAGCGGAGAAUUGCCAAUCGAAAUGCUUGAUAUUAGCCUUGGUGUUGUGGAUGGCGGCUCAGUUUGGGGGUCCUCCAGUAUCACGGACUUGAUGGCAAAGUCUAAUUCAUCUUUACAAUCUGGAACAAAUGUUGCAAUUGAUGCGACAAACCCCUACAUCUAUAUGCCUCAGAGCACAUGUGAUGCCAUUACUGCAUAUCUACCUGUCACCUACCGCUCCGACCUCGGUCUUUAUGUGUGGGACACAAACAACGAAACUUAUGCCAAACUUAUCACAUCGCCCAGCUAUUUAGCAUUUGAUUUCGCCAAGAACGACGUCAAUACGGCGAACAUAACCAUCAAGGUCCCCUUUGCUCUUUUAAACCUCACUCUCUCACCUCCCUUGGUGGAAUUUGACACUCCAUAUUUUCCUCUUAUGCCCACCAAUGGAACCCCAGUUCUGGGUAGAGCUUUUCUGCAAGCGGCCUUUUAUGGUGUACAUUGGUCUCAAGGUUAUUGGUUUCUGUCCCAGGCUCCAGGACCGGACGAUAAUUUCAUUAAGAACAUUGUCAGCAUAGAGCCCACUACGACUACCAUCAGUGGGUCUGCAAGCAGUUGGAAAGAUACCUGGGCAUCUUACUGGACCGCUCUACCCUCUAUAGCUGCCAACAACGACUCCGGGACAAAUUCGUCCAGCUCCCCAAGUUCUCCAACAAAUGCUAGCACCAGUCUCUCUACGGGGGCCAAGGCAGGCAUUGGCGUCGGCUGUGGGUGUGCUGCCAUCGUGAUCAUUUUCUUGGCUGCCUGGAUUUUGAUCCGUCGCCGAAACAGAGCUAAACAACUCACCACAUCACCACCUCAAGGUGAUCCGGGACAUCAUCUCGUUUCGCAGGGAGGUGCGCCAGUCGAGCUUGAUGACAGCAAGCCAGACAUCUUGCAUGAGCUGAAUCAUGACCCUGCUUUCGCAGGCUACUAUGAAAAACGGAAUUCGGGGAAAUCUAGAACAGUCCAAGGUCCGCAAAGCUCGAUUGGACAGUCGGAAGGUCUGGAAAGUGGUACCACUUCUCGCUAUGAGCUUUUUUGA